GUGAACCCAACAAUCUGCACAAUGAAGAGCAUCAUUUUCUUUAUGCUGGUUGGUCUCAGCCUUGGCAAUGAAGGAGUAUCAGUGGAGGUGGAGGAGGGGGCGACUGAGCAAAUGCCCUCUAAAUGUUUAAUGACAGCAAUACAGCAUUGCUCACCUGACUUGCUGACUAAACUUGCCAAAACCCUUUGUAUGCAUAGAAAUGAGAAAGAAACAUACAGUCAACAAUUAAUUGAAGAAGUAAAAAGUGUUCUGAAACCAUAUGAAUGUACCAUCCAGGAAGUUACUGGACUUAACUUGGAAGACACUGCAGAUAAUGUUUUAGAAAUCGCAGAUCAUGUUUCUUCAUGCUUGGAGAAAGCUCUUAACUCAGGCGAAUUCAUUACAAAUGUUGUUGAUGCUGUUUGCAACCUGCUAAACCCCCUUCUACAAGAUCAAUGCUUGAAAAACAUCCAGGCCGUGGUUACAAAGACAACUGACAGCGUGUUAAACGGCGGCGUAAAAAAACUCUUAUGUGGUAGUGAAGAUCAGCUGGAUGUGUCUUCAGUUAAAACAACCCUGGAUUCAGUCACUUGCACUAUACUUGAACCGCUUAAAAAGGGACCAUUGACUCAAGUCACUACUUCAGUUGACAACUUGCUUAAGGAACUAGUGGAGAAAUUGCUUGGAAUUAUUAAGAAUGACCCCAUCAUUGCCAACGUGGGGAAAAUUCUAUGUGGGGCGGCAAAAGCUGUUGAUGACCUUCUUGGUAAGAAGCCUGGUGGUGGAGGACUUUUGGGGAAUUUCUUGUGAAGAAUAAUACAAGUUCAUAUUCACCGACUGUCAACAAUGAAAAUCUUCAACCUCUAAUGAAAUCAAUAAUUACCAAGAAAUCUUUAUUUCAAUGUCAAGGAAAUUUACAUUUAUUAACUCUCUGUAUAACAGUAUAAUCAAAAUCUGCAUUCACUCUUCUAUUCCUGAGAUGAUUACCUAAUAAAUUCAUUGCA